AUGAGUUUCAGCUUGAAAGAGGGCUGGCACCCUAAGGGUAAAGACGGCAAGAAGGAGAGCUGGCGCGGUGACUUCAAGGGCAUCAAUCAAGUGGCAGGAUGGAUGGGCAAAGGCAAAGACGCGAGUGAGGACAAGUCUGAGCAUGUAUCCAAGCCUCUAUCAGCGUUAAAGGAUCCCUCCUCCUUUGGUCCGCCGCCGAAGCACAUCAAUUACCAUGGCGCAGGCGCCCUGCCCUAUGAGACUACACCAGACCGGCGAGGCAUGGGAGCUUCGCCAUCCCAGGAGCAGAUCAACUAUCAGAACUAUCAGCAACAGCAGGCCCUUCAAGCGGAAGAGGAAGCCGCUCAGAAGCCUGCUCCGCCCCCAGUGCCUUAUCGCGUGAACACUACGGGAUUGUCGACGGACAAUCUUCCAGCUCCCCCGGUACGACGCCUCGACUCGCCUCGCUCCGGCUCAUCCGCCAGGGGGCCCCAGGUGCCUCCACGAGUCCCUCCACGGAACGGCUCGCCUGCGACAAAUGCUCCCCCGCCUCCAUAUUCUGCUUCCACACCAUCGGCGUCUCAGGGAUAUAUCAACCAGGAAGCCACAUCGCGCCUCUCCAAUGCCGGUGUCUCUGUUCCGGCUCUUGGAAUCGGGGAAACCAAUAGGCCAUCAUCUCAAACUUCAACCUCCUACACUGAAUCUGCGAAAGGAAAAAUGAACGACCUGCAGUCUCGCUUCUCGCAGAUGCGAACCGACUCAGGGUCAUCGUCUCCAGCGCCUGCUUCAACGGAUCGAUUCCCUCGUACGAGCACUAACCCCGAUGCUUCCCUUCCCCCAGCCCCCGGGUUCCGCGAGCGCCACGCAGACAAGAUCGACAUGGUGGGGGUGACGUCUCGCUUCAAUACAUUUGUGGAAGACCGCAAAUUUUCAGCCAACGCGAAUAAGCGCAUCCCCCGACCGCCGAGUGACUAUGUUUCUCCGUCGCCGGUUGCAGUUGGAGUUGUCAGACCUGCUGCACCUGUUGCGCGAGCAACUCCUGUUGCACCCGUGCCGAGCAGGACGCCGGACGUCCAGGCUCAAGCCCAACGUAAGAGGCCACCUCCGCCCCCGCCUAAAAAGGCUGAGUUUCGCGCGCCGGCUGCCAAUAAUUCGCCAGCGUCAUCAGCCUCGCCCCCACCACCUGUGCCGAUGAGUUCCAAACCCCGCUGA